AUGAAGAAUUCAGAGGCAAAGGAUAUUCUCCUUUCUCAAAUACUCGUCGUUAUAGCGACAAUCCUCGUUAUUGCGCGCCUGAACCUUCGUCUUCGAAUACAAAAGCGAAAAUUACUACUUAGCGACAUAUUGAUGGUAGCAGCGUGGAUAUCGGGCCUUAUUACAGCUGCGUUUUCACCAGUGUUUGCAGUGCUCGAUGCAUUCGAUCCGAGCGUUCAUACAACAUUGAAGGGAUACCAUGGAGGUACUGCCAAUCUGGUGUUGAUAUUGAAGUUGCUGUUCGCAUCGAGCUUUCCCUUUUAUACGACGCUAUACUUGUGCAAAGCUGCGUUGCUUGCUGUUUAUCUACAGGUCUUUCCGGAGUUCAUGGUCAAGAGGCUCAGGUUCCUCUGGGCGACAAUUUGGUUCGUGGGGAUCAGUUACAUCAUCACCAUCGUGAUUUUAUUCUGUAUUUGUCUCCCCAUAAACCGAAGUUGGGAUCUCAGGCCUUCGAGGACAUGUCCGAAGUGGACUUAUGCUGUUACUUUUCAUGUUGGCUGGGGACUGUCAUUUCUGGGAGAUCUGUUAGUGUUCAUUCUGCCGUGGUUAAUUGUACCAGCUCUGCACGUCAGAAGAACCUUGAGACUCGGUAUAUACUUCACCUUCCUUCUCGGCACCGUCAACAUGGCUGUUAGUCUUGUUCGCUUUGUCAUGAUCUGGAAGGCUGGUGCCGAUUCUAGCAUCUCAUUAAGUACAAUAGUAUUUUGGAGCGCUCUAGACGUAAACAUAGGUCUCGUCGUCGCUUGCCUUCCUUCACUACGCCCAUACUUCGGAUCGCGAACCAAGUCCCAAGAACCGAGUCGAGAAAGCAACAGCUGGGAGUCCACACGCAAACACUCUGGGUUUGGCAACCGAACGAUAUGCUUUCACUCCCAGCAGCGUGGUAGCGAGGCGUGGCCAUCAUCGUCCGACAGUCAUGCCAGAUACUCGUCAAUAGACCAGACAGUCGUUGGGUCCUGGGAUGAUACAAAAGGAUUUACAGAUGCGAAUGAUAUAGAGUUGAGGGAUCUUCCGGGAGCGAGGACGCGGGAUGUAAAAUAUGGCAAAUAGAGGCAUGAAUAAUAGGUAUAGAGC